AUGGAAAACAACUCGGGAAUCUCGCUUUCCCACACCCUUUGGUCGCCCCAUGACACUGUGGGCGAUGUCGCCGAGUCACUAGGGAUAAACUUGCCAGAAGAGGCAGCCAAGAACCUUGCCAUGGACGUAGAGUACAGAAUCCAUGAAAUUCUAGAAACCGCUAUCAAGUUUAUGAGACAUUCUAAACGAAAAACAUUGACCACCGAGGACAUAAGUCACGCAUUAAAGGUCUUCAACAUUGAACCACUCUAUGGCUAUGAUAACUCGCAACCCUUGAACUUCAAAGAGACCAUGGUCGGUGCCCUGGGUCAAACCUUGUACUAUAUCGACGACAAUGAAAUCGAGUUUGAAAAGCUUAUAAACCAGGAACUCCCCAAAGUGCCUCGCCAAGCAACCUUCACAGCCCACUGGCUUGCUAUAGAGGGUGUUCAACCCAUGAUUCCUCAAAAUCCACUCCCAUCCGAAAUCAAAAACCUCCCUCCAGUAUUGCGUGGUGCUACUACUUCUAUAUUGGGCAACGAUAUCUUGCUGUAUGCCAAUGGAGAUGGUGCCAAGGACGCAGAAGCGGCCAAUGGUAGCACAAAAGCACAAAAAACCGAGAAAAACACUGAGAUCAAGCCGUUGGUCAAGCACGUCUUGUCCAAAGAGCUCAAAUUAUACUUUGACAAAGUGCUGGAGGUGUUGGUUUCGUCUGAUCCCGAAAAACAAGAGCUUAAGGAUGCUGCGUUGACAUCGUUGAAGAGCGAUCCAGGAUUGCACCAGUUGGUGCCUUACUUCAUCCAAUUCGUGGCCGAACAGAUCACAAACCAAUUAAGAAACAUAGAUAUUCUUUUCACAAUGUUGGAGGUUAUAUCUGCCCUUGCCGAAAACUCUACGAUCUUCUUGGAACCCUAUGUCCAUGCGUUGAUGCCAUGUAUUUUGACAUUGCUUUUGGCGAAAAAGAUUUCCUCUGCUCCCAAAGAACAAACAGAAGAAGAGGAAAAGGCAGCGUUGAAAAACCAGUUGGCUGUUCGAGAAUUUGCUGCCAUAUUACUAGAACACAUUGUGAAGGUCUACGGCUCGUCCUAUUCGACUCUUCGACCUAGGGUCACCCGAACUUUGUUAAGAGCUUUGUUAGACCCUUCGAAACCCACUGGGACACAAUAUGGUGCUUUGUUAGGACUCAAGAAUAUGGGAAGCGAAGUUAUCAAGUUUGUGUUGGUCGGAAACCUAAAAGUGUGGUAUAACCUGGUAGUGGUAGAUUCGACCAAACCAGAAUACGAAAAAGAAGUUUUGACGACGUCUGCGAUCGAUGCGUUGCGUACCUUGAAGGUAUCGGAAGAUUCUAUGGAAGAAGAAGUUGGAGAUGGCGCAAAAGAGAAGCUUUCUGAACGUUUGGGUGAAGCUUUAGCUGAGCAGGUAUUGAAGCAGGAAGAUUCCUCCGAGAUAAUACAAGGUCUCUUUUUCGGAGAGGCUGAAAAUAAGCAGUGA